GAGAGCCAAGGAGAUCACAAGGUGUAUCGGUGUUUUUAUGGCAAAAGAUAUGAGGCCGUUUUCGGUCAUAGAAAAUGAAGGAUUUAGGCUACUCGUCAACACAUGGGAGCCCAAAUACACAUCACAUCACGCCCCCACUUUAGCCAGACUGUCAUGCCAGCGCAUUACAGAGAAACAAAAUCUAAGGUAGUUGAGACCCUCAGAAAAGCAUAUAGUGUAUCAAUUACAACCGACAGCUGGACCUCCAGGGAUACCCAGAGUUAUCUUACCGUCACAGCCCAUGUGAUAACCAGUGAGUGGGAGAUGGUUAAUUUUGUUCUCCAAACUUGCCCAUUGUUCGAAACACACACCGGAGCUAAUAUUGCUGAAGUUUUAAAGUCAGCUGUGAGUGAAUGGGGGCUUCAAAAGGCCAACCAUGGAAUUGCUGUGGUCACGGACAACGCGAGGAAUAUGGAUGUUGCUGUCAGAGAGCCUGGGCUGGCCCCCCCAUGUCAGGUGUUUUGCCCACACUUUGAACUUAGCCAGCCAAGCGGGUUUGAGUGUGCCCCGCGUGAGCUGUUUGUUGGGCAGAGUGAGGCGCAUUGCUGCCUUCUUUCACCGAAGCUCCACAGCCACAGUUGCGCUCGCAGCCAAACAGAUACUAAUGGAGCUUCCAGCGCACAAGUUAAUCAUCGAUGUCACUACGCGCUGGAACAGCAAUCUGGAUAUGAUCAAACGCUAUCUCGAACAGCAAGUGGCUGUGACAGCAACUCUCCUGAGCAACAAUGUUCGUCGAAAUGUCCAUGACAUCGAUACUUUGGAUGGCUCAGACAUCCGUGAUGCGGAGGACAUGGAUGAGGGAAAAGAAGGUGCCAGUGGCCACCCCCCUGCAGCAGAGCAGCCUCUUGACCAGACAGACAGAGCAGGAGCUGAGCUGAAACAACCUCCUUCCAAGAAAACAGCAUUGGAAGAUCUCCUUGGAGGGACAUUCGAUGAACCAGUUGCACAGCACUUCAGUCAGAUUGAUGCAGAAAUUAAUAAGUGCAGAGCUGAAACAUCAAUUUCCCUCAAUAGCUGUCUACUCAAGUGGUGGAAAAAGAAUGCUAGGCUAUACCCACUGCUAUCCAGUAUAGCAAAAGCAUAUCUCUCCACACCAGCCACCUCUGUCCCUAGUGAAAGGGUUUUUUCAUCAGCAGGGGACAUUGUGAAUGUGCAGAGAUCUCAGCUUCUGCCAGAAAAUGUGGAUAUGCUGAUAUUUCUUAAAAAAAACAUGUAAAAAAAAUAACUUUCUAAGCUAGGAAAGAGCACAGGCAAAGCCUUAGUUUGUUUAAAUGAAGUGAUGUAUUUUUGUAUUUUGUAUUUAUUUUAU